AUGUCCCCGGUAAUAAGAAUGGAAACCGAAGAACAGCUAACGUCCGAUCUGUCGGCUACUCGGAUCUCUAUCAAGAGUAUCUUAGCCAAGGACAAUUUGCUUGAAGAAGUGGCAGAGGAAGAGGAGUUUGAUCAAGAUGCACCUAUAGAGGAACAGUUGGACACGCUCUCCCACGCCAUAAAAAGGCACAUCGCAACGAUUACUUGGCGGGAGGCAGGAGAAGAAGAGUCUUCAUCGCGCACCAAGCGAAAAUUAUUUCGACUUGAAAGGGACGUCGACAAAGAAGUUAAAGAGCUUUUCAAUGAGCCAACCCCUCACGAAUCCAUACAGGAGAGCAUCUGCACGUUAGAUACGCUCAGGCGGUUGUUACCUAGCCUCUUGGUGCACUCCAGCGUCCGCAGCGAGAAAGACGAAGAUGUAUGUAUGUACAUGCGCCUUGUACUUGCGAAAAUAGCAAGCGAAGAAAGGAGAAAAGAUGGUAUGUACCGAUGGCGCUGUACUUGCCGAAAUAGCGGUAAUAGUAAAUAG